CUCAUAUGGAGUGGCCCGCGCCGCAGCAGCACUUUGGGCCAGACAUCGCCAUCAUCAUCUCCGUCAUCGCCGCCGAUGCCAAUGUCUGCAGCUGCAUUUUUUUCUGAAGAAUCUGGGGCCGAAAAACCGCAGGACCACAGUUCUCGCAAUGCCACCAACUCGGCGAGGGCGGCAUCGAUCCGCUCGAGUGCUAGAAGCAGCAUGUUGUUUGGAGACGGUUUUUUCGACAACAUGCCACAGGUCGCCACCACAUUUACAGGAGGUGCGCGCCCAAUCGAGGCUCGCGGAAAGGCUCAGGCUCAGGCUCAGGCUCAGGCUCAAACACAAGCUCAGUCUCAGCAGCCAGGGUCAUCGCGGGUGCGGUCACGCUUUUAUGGUGUGCCCGCAUCCAUGUCUGGACGCAAGAACGUGCUCAAUAUGCUGCGACCGCUAGCUACCCGAGACAUGCCCAGCGAAGCGCCUAGCAGCACUACUGACAAUGACGGCACUGCAUCCACACUAUCCACAUCAACAUCAGACUCAGCGUCGGCAUCGGCAUCAGCGUCAGAAUCAGAAUCAGUACCAGCGUUCGCAGCAGCAAUAUCAAUCAACCGCUCCAAACGAUGCCGCCUCAAUAGUCGCUGUAGCGCCGACAAAGAACACAAGCACUUCCAGCAGCGACGAGUGCAAAGACAGCAACAUACAGCAACUGAUACCACAUCAUCUGCCGAGCAGCUGACGCCAAGGACUAUGUCAAACCAGUCGUUGAGCCAGUCACAUCGAUUCGGCGAUUUCUCCCGACGCGCCAAAUGCCGCAGAGGAUAUUGCUACCAGCACAGGCUUGGGCUCGUCUGUUGCCGCGCAGCAGGGCGUACUCUCUCAGCACGUACGGCUGUUGAAAAGCCGCCAGCACUAGCACUGGUUGGUUCCGCGGAUGGUUGGCCGAGAAAGUCGGGCCACCUCACCCAAUGCUGUGGACACUCUUCACUCACUCCCCGACCGCCUCUGAACCGCCAGCACAAAGUAGAUGUAGCACAUCCAGCAGCAGCAACAGCAGUAGUAAAAGCAGCAGUAGCAGUAAUGGUGAUGCCCGUGACACGACAAUUUACAAGGAGGAAGGCCGCUGCACAAGCGCCUGCGCACGAUUGGAAAGUCGGUGUUCGAGUUGUUUGUCGAUAUGGCGCCGGAUUGGGCGCGCACAAUAGGCGCCAAAAGCCUCGGUCGCAUCGCGUUAUCGGCGUGCACGGCUGGUUCCCGAUACGCAUGGUGCAGAUGAUCGCUGGAGAGCCCACGGGCAAGUCGGAAAAGUUCUGUCUGAUGAUGCGAGACGCGCUGAAAUCCUAUCUUCUCGAGAGCCAUGGCGUCGAAAUUGACGACGAGGAGAUUACAUUGUUUCCACUAGUUGGCGAGGGCCGGAUUGAGGAUCGCGUCGAGCUGCUACUCUCCCAAAUAACCGACACCGACGAACCGGCCGACAAGUCCCACCCAGAAAACGCGCCCGCUCGCAGCGAAAGCCGCGCGGCGUCGGAUAUUAUCAGUUUGUCAGCAACCGCAGCGGCCAGCAGCAAGGGGAAGCGCAAGUCGAUUGCAGUCACUACAGCAGCCAAAGAGGCCGUCGCAGCCGAUAGCAGCAGCAACCCUACAGGCAAGCAGUCAGUGGUGAUAGCAGAUGCGUUUAUGCCCGAGCGCAGCAUGCGUGCGGAGAUUCUCAAGGCGGCCGAUACCGUGUUUGUCGUUACACACUCCCAGGGAACACCCGUGUCGGCAAUGUUGCUAGAGCGCCUGAUAGAGCUGGCCAUCGUCGACACUGGCCGGCAGCGGGUCGGCAUGUUGGCAAUGGCGGGGAUCAGUCAUGGCCCAUUCCCGUACUUGAAAGACAAUUUGGUAAUUCGGUAUCUCGAAUCUGAGGCCGCGCGCGAACUCUUCGAGCUGAUGGACCCAGCUCCUAUCAAAGCCAGCGCUACCACUAUUUUGCACAAGGGGGUACGACUGAUAUGCACAGGCUCGUGGGUCGACGAGGUCGUGCCUCUCUACUCGGCAAUACUGCAGGGAGUGUCGCAUCCAAACGUGUACCGCGCCGUGUACAUCGAUGCGCCCCACUACUUGGAUGACUUUCUGACCAACCUCAUCGUGUUUGCGCUGCGACUACGCAAUAUGGACAUUUAUGACCACGAUUUGCUCAUCCACCUCAGCGAGGUCGUGGCCGGCUCGCUCUGGGGCCACUCCGGCCACUCAACCGUCUACGGAGAGCCCGCGGUCUACAAGCUGUCCAUAAAAUGGCUGCUUUACUCGACCUCGUCGACAUCGAUAUCGACCUCAGAGUCCGUGCCCAGCGCGGCAAUGGGCAUCGCCGCACCGCGCCGCGCAAGCGUCAGCGGGGCGCAAACACACAUGUCGUAUCGGCCGUUUAGCGCAGCCGAUAAGCUCAAUCCAUUCUUCAUUCCGUGGAUUAUGCGCACGCUGUGGGACGAGCCCGAGAUCAGGCAGAACGACAGCCUGCGCGUCGAGCUCCAGCGGCUGGUUACACUAUUUGACAAAUGGAUGCCCGAGACCAAGGCAGGCAAGGAGCUAAAGUACCGCCUUGAGCCGGUGCGCGCGGCCAUGUAGUUGCCAAAUGUUUUUUUCAUUUGCACUGUAUUGGCACUACAAUUGCAUGGGUGAAAGGUUCUAAAGUUCUUAUUUUUUUGGAGGUUAAAAAUGUAAAAAUAAAUAAACACGC